ACCAUGAAGAUCUCUUGUGCUCUCCUGUUGCUUAGUGCCUGCCUACCAGUCUUGCUGGCCGGCGUGCCCAGGUCCAGGCGUUCUCUGUGGGAUCUGCGUGGGCUCAUUGAGUGCGCUCUGCCCUCCAGUUGGCCUCUCUGGGACUUCGCUGACUACGGCUGCUACUGUGGAAAGGGAGGAUCCGGCACAGCCGUCGACCAGCUGGACAGGUGCUGUGAGACUCAUGAUCACUGCUACAGUGCUGCCAUGGCUCUGCCUGCCUGCUAUUCCGCUCUAGAUUUGGACAACCCCUACACCCACGGAUACUACUACCAGUGUGAUAAGGCCACCAAGAGCAUCAGCUGCCUGGCUAAGAACGACGCGUGUCAGAUGUUCAUCUGUGAGUGUGAUAAGCACCUUGCUGAGUGCAUGUCCACAGCUCCCUAUGUGGCCGCACAUGACCACUACGACCAGGCCCUGUGUCACCAGCAACACUAAACAUCACCAUGGCUACCGCCCUGUGUCACCAGCAACACUAAACAUCACCAUGGCUACCGCCCUGUGCCACCAGCACAGCUAAACAUCACCAUGGCUACCGCUCUGUGUCACCGCAACGCUAAACAUCACCAUGGCUACCGCCCUGUGUCACCGCAACGCUAAACAUCACCAUGGUUACCGCU